GCGGAGGGGGCGGGACUGGUAGAGUGUGAGGUGUAGGUGGAGUGUUGGUGCGGAGUUCUGAGGGCGGUAUUUGUUUACUCUCCGGGCACCGGUGUCGGCCUGAGGUAGAAAAUGAAUAAUCCUGGCAAAGUCAAGUCCCAGCAGAGGGGUCUGGCCCAGGCUCCCCGAACCCCUGGCAACGUGAGGACGGCGAGGAGCGGGCGUCCCAUUCAGUACCGCGUCACCUAUACCUGGAACCGCGGGGGGCGAUUGAAGGAACUUCGAAUCAGACACCUGGCUAGAAAGUUUCUCUAUCUCUGGAUAAAAAGAACAUUUGGAAGGGUUCUGCCAUCCACUGCUAGGCAACAUUAUUUCCAUGGCUUGCUGCGUUUCUGCUUUGCCCAAUGGAAGGAGGAGUGGUGGAUUGCAUGUAAAGAGUGGAGGCUUGAAAUUCGAGCUGACUGCCAUUACAGGUAUAUUUGUUACAAGAUGUGUUUCUUUGCGUGGAGAAAAUUUGUGCAGACACAGCGGCAGACUAAACAGAAAUAUCAGAUUGCACACCGCCAUGCCGAAAAGCAGAUCAUGCGUCAGGCAUGGCAUCACUGGAUCAUCUAUGUGCAUAUCCGCAGAACCAAGCAUCACAUGCUCUCAGAAGCUCUGGAGUUCAGACAAAAUAGAGAUCUACACAAUACUUGGCACAUGUGGGUUGUCCAGUUCCAACGUAGACAAAAAAUCCACGAAAUAGAGAUUCUGUCCUUAAAACACUGGGCUGUGAGCCUGCAAAUGAGGGUUUGGCUUCAGUGGAGAGAAUUAUACCUUUACACUCAGGAGGAGAAGCAUAAAGAGCACAAGGCAUUGAUGCACUUUCGGUACUGCAAGUUGAAGACCUCAAUAAAAUCCUGGCUUCUAUACAUGUAUUAUCGUAGACAAAAGAGGCAACAGAAUAUACUGGCUGUGCAAUUUUGUCAUGAGAACCUGAUACGACAAUAUUUCUCAGUCUGGGUCCACGUCUUUGAUGAAGUGAAAAAGAUGCAGGCUGUUCAAGAACACUGCGAUUUCCUGGCUCGUCGAUGUGUUCUUAGAAGAGCUUUUACUCACUGGAAGCAUUACAUGCUGAUUGCUUCUGAAGAAGUACAGUUGCUAAAACUGGCCCAGGACCAUUAUAGAUUACACCUAAUGGAUGUUGGUUUUUGUGCUCUAAAGAAAAACGUAUCCCUUGUACACACUUCACAGAAGAGAAAUGAGCAAGCUAGCCAUCAAUACCAAAGUUGGUUGCUGCGUAGGUUCUGGACUCUUUGGCAGUAUCGUCUGGAGCAGAAGGAGGAGGAGAGACUUGGCUCCCUUACUGUGGCAGCACAUUCUCACUGCAGAUUGUUGUUGUUGCAGAAAUACUUUAGUGCCUGGGUCCAGUACAUUCCGCUGUGCAAGUUCAAAAAGGUGCUGGUCGCCAAAGCCGAGAGCCAUUAUGCCAAGUGCCUAUUGCCUCGCUGCUUCGAUGCAUGGAGGACAUGUGCAUACUUGCAGCAGAAGAGCAGAGAAAUGGAAGAUCAAGCCAUCGAUUUUCAUAGGUCUUGUGUACAAAGACGAGUGCUUUCUACCUGGUGUGAGAAACUGAACCAUCAGAAGGAGACUCGCUUGGCUGAGAGAAUGGCUAUAUUGCACUAUAACUGGCGGCUGCUGGAGCAGUACUGGGGCUCAUGGAAAAGUCACCUGACAGCUGUUCAGGCAGAACACGAGUUGGAUGUCUUGGCUUCUGAGCACUCCUGGAGACGGCAGCUAAUCCACGUGUUGCACACAUGGAAGAAAUAUGUACGAGAGAUCAAAGCAGAGAGAUCCAAAGAGGAGGCAGCAAUGAGUCAUCACAGACAGCACUGUAUAACGACAUGCUGGCAUCACUGGAGAAUGUAUGUGUCUUACAGACUUCAAAAGCAACAGAGACAGCUGUGUGCUCAGGACCACUACCAGCACUGGCUUCUGAAAAGAGUUCUAAAUGAUUGGAAACUUUAUCACAGAAAUGCAAAGGACAUAAUGCAGGCAGUGGUUAUUAAAGAGAAGCUGUACAAAGAGGCCAUCCUCAGGGAGGCCCUGCACACUUGGAGAAGUCUCACAAUGGUCCAAACUAAGGAAAGAAAGCAGACACUCCUUGCUGUAAAUAAUUACAGAACAACAACACUACGACAGGUUAUGCGGGCAUGGAGAGAUGCAGCAUGUGUUCAGGCACAUAGCAGGGAGCAAACGGCAGAACAAGUGAGAGAAGCAGCUACAUUUCUACAGAAAGGAAAGCUUCAACAUGUUUUCUUGUACUGGAGAAAUAACAGCAAAACUACUAAAGAUAUCCGAGUGAAGAUGGAAAUGGCAACCAAACACCAUGCUAGAUGUUUGUUAAGGCAAUGCCUAAAACAGUGGAAAGUCCAUCAUUCUGUGUACUGGAGAAAAAUGGCUUUACAGCGCCAGCAAAACAACUUCUUCAGACUCCGCCUAAGUAAAUCCUAUCUGAGAAAAUGGCACCAGAUGCUGGAGGAAAAAAGGUGGCAGGACAAGCAGACAAUACAAGCUUUGUGGCACUGGUCUCUUAAUCUGCAAGGAAAGGUGUUUGAUUGUUGGCUGGCCUAUGUUCUUGAGCGACAGAGAAAAAAGCAGCGACUUGCUGAAGCUGUGGAGGUGUAUCGAACUGACCUUAUGAGGGAAGGCGUUACAAGGAUUUUGCGUUUCAUGUCUGGCAUGAAGCAGUUCAGAGCCGAGCUAUCUGCUCGAAAUCAGUUAAAAGCGGUAUAUACACAGAAUCAGACAGUUCGUCGCUGUGCCAUGAUCUGGAAGGAAAAAGUGUUUAGGAAGCAGCUGCAGAUUUCUGUUCAGAAAAAGAAAGUGACUUUCCAGGUGCCAUUUCAUGAUGUACCUUCUGAGGAAGAGGUCUGCUCACCUCCUUCGAAGAUUUCCUUCCCAUGGCCUGCAGGCAAUGCUCCUCUUCUAUCUAAUGCACAGCCCAUCCUGAGCACAAUAAGUGUAGUGAGGUCAGAGCGCCUAAAGCCUCGCACUCCAGAAUUCUUGUUGCACUCCUUGGAAAAAGAAGGGGUUCUGGCUGCCAUGUUCAUGGAUGCCAAAAACCUAGACCUUGGUUCUCAAAGUGAUCCCAGUGCCAAGGACAAUUUAAAGAGUUAUUCAUCAAGUCAAGCUUUACAUUCAGAUGAUGAAAUUCAGCUAGAACUGAUUUCAAGAAGUUCUGCUCAAGAACCACAGGAAGCUAAAUGUGUAACUAUGGCCCAUACUGAUUGUUUUCAAGCACCUUCAUGGAUCUCUGGUGGCUCUUUAUCAACUGCACCUCAAACCUGCUCACUUCUGAAAGUACCAAUGGCAAUGCCAGAACUGAUGCCCCCUUCUUCCUUCAAGCCCCGGGAUCAAACACAGAGCAUGACCUUACCAAAAUUGUCAGAGAAGUCAGAGAUUGGGAAGCAGCCUCACUUAACGCCUGUUUCAGACUACUCCGGCCAGCUGCUAUCACCAGCUGACUUCCUUCUGGGCAAAGGGAAAAUGCCACACUUAACCAAUACAGCAAAGGAGACCAUUGUUCAAGAAGAAGGGUCAAACCUUUUGCUAAAAGAGGAGGAAACACAGAUUGCUACCCUUCAACAAGAACUUGCUCAUAUUUACUACAAUAUGCAGAGAUACCAGGGACAGAAAGAGGAACUCAAAGCCUGGCAGAGGCAUGCCCAUGUGUUGAGUAGAUGGUUGGAAUCUGGUGAACCUGGGGAAGAUUCUGCAGAAAAAGAAAUUGCUAAAGAAGUUAAGACUGAACUACAGCAGCUAAAACAACAAAUAGAAGAACGUGCACAGAAACUAAAUGUGGAGAAGAAUAAAGUGCACAAUUAUAUUACUCGCAUUGAGGAGAUUACUGCAUCACUGGAUGUCUUUUCUUUGCCCAUAUUGUAAAUAAAAACAACUUUGUAAAAAUA